AUGGCAACUAGCCCGCAGGAAGAUCAAAAUGAAGUACAAAAUAUUGCCGCCGAUUUUCACGUCCCUCGCAUCCCCUACAACGAGGAUACAAUUGUCAAUAUCAUCAGUGACAUUUAUCGCGUCUAUUUGCAGCUGAAUUACAUCUCCGAUUGGGAGGUCGCCUGGGCCCCGGAGGAAGGCCACGCCAUUAAUCAAGGACUAUGCGAGGAGCUUCAUAUCAACCCCGUCGUGAUCUCGUUGAUGAAGCGACUGCCAUAUUUGCGAUUUUCGGGAAUAGCCGCGGAUAUUGAAUUUAUCUACCCUUACUCCCGAGCAUUUGUGUAUCUCGAGGACUAUGAAAUUCGUGGCGGUCGCGAUCCGGAUCGUUUUAGCUAUGAAGAGCCGAGGCCCAGCUGUCUCCUUCCCCAGGAGAUAGCUCUGACUUGUUCAAUUGACGAGGGUAUCCACGUGAUUCUGGAUACGAAAGAUAACACAAUUCGAGUUUGGAGCUUCGACGAAUCGCCUCCGGGAGACGAUAUUGAGAAUUAUCGGAAUUACUAUCCACACCACGCGCCAACAUAUCUGGCAUCUUAUCUUCAACAAGUCAGAUCACUCGAGAUAAUUCCUAGUGUGUCACGAGAAACCCGUAAAUUGUACAACAAGCACUAUCCUGAGUUGUACGCCAAAAUCAAGAAGGUCCUUCAGGAGCAAUAUGGCUGGCCUUAUGACUUCCAGGAGGCUGCGUGGAAGGCUGCUUCAAAGGUCACUUGGAAGCGGAUUGACCUUGGUGAUCCAGAUUACGAGACUGACAAUGAUGAUGAGCUCGAGCCUGAGGUAUUGGCGAAUGGUAAAGAUGAUUACAGUUUCUAUCUUUGGCAUUGA